CUAUUCUCCCGUUCUGCCCACCCUUAGUAUCUCAGUCCUCUGAGUAACUGCCUGCCAUUAAAACGAGCGCAUCCGUGGCUUUUUAAAAAUUCGGACUUCCAAGACCCGCAUUGAAGCUACUCCGAUCGAACACGUAAAGUAAAAUGGCUGAUUCUCUAGAGGAACAAAUCAAAAAGCAGGAAGAAAAGGCCCGAAAGAAAGCUGAAGUUCGUAGGAGACUAGAAGAAUCGACUAAGUCGAAGAAAUGCAAAAAAGGUGGAUUCAUGACACCUGAAAGAAAGAAGAAACUUAGAACUCUUCUGAGAAAAAAAGCUGCCGAAGAACUGAAGCGAGAGCAAGAAAGGAAAGCCGAAGAAAGGCGGAAAAUGAUAAUCGAAAGAUGCGGAGAACCUAAAACUGUGGAGAAUGCAAAUGAGGCAACUCUGCAAGCUGUGUGUAAAGAAUACCAUAAACGAAUAGUUCAAUUGGAGGAAGCAAAAUAUGACUUAGAAUACGAAGUUGGACAGAAAGACUUUUUGAUUAAUGAGUUGACAAUUCAAGUUAACGAUUUACGUGGAAAAUUUGUCAAACCAAACUUGAAAAAAGUAUCAAAAUAUGAAGGAAAAUUUGAAAAACUAAAAAUGAUAGCUAAAACCAAUGAAAUCGAUUUUCGUGCUAACUUGAAGACUGUAAAAUCAAACAAGUUCAAGUUGGAAGGAGAAGAAGAGGGAAAAAAGCAGACGCCAGAGUGGGCUAAUAAGUGACGUAUAUUUAUAUCCUACAACUUAGUGGAAGACUUCAGUGUAAGAACAUGCUUCAAAACUCAUCAGACUCUUGCAUAAAACUAACAUUGUUUAUUGAAUUCUGUGCAAAUGAUUACUUGGUCAUUAAAAUAUAAGUAUCAUAA